AAAUUUAUUAAUUAUUUCAUGUUUUCAAUUAUUUAUUGAAAAAAAUUGUUUUUUUUUUUUUAUAAUAAUUCAUUCUUUUGCUUUCUUAAAGUUCUAAAGUCGAAGAAAAAUUGAAACUUUGUUUUUGAAUGUAAAUUGUUUUUGUUUGGACUUUGGUACAAAUAUAUAAUUGAUUUGUUUUAUAUUAAUGAGCUUAUACAACGUUGCGUUUGCUUUUGAAUUUGACUUCAAUGACAUGAAAAUCUCAGCAUUCGGAACUGGUUUAGUUCUUUUAACUAAUAGAGUUGUUAAAUUCCAUCCAUCUUUUGAACGCUUCUUAUCUUAUUCUUGUAAUAUCUCAAUUGGUAGAGACCCCAAAACCAUUGCCACUGCUCUCUCUCUAUCUGAAAAUACAAAAUCAUUGAUUUUAGGUGCUCAAGUACAUGGUCAUAUGUGUAAGUUGGGGUUCGAUUAUGAUACUUUCUCCAUGAAUAAUCUGCUUAAGAUGUACUUUAGAUGUGGGUUUAUGUGUGAAGGCUUUAAGGUGUUUGAAGAAAUGCCUCAGAGAAAUGUAGUGUCUUGGAGUUUGAUCAUUUCAAGUUUGUCUGAGAAUGGUGAGUUUGAAUUGUGCUUGGAGAGUUUUUUGGAGAUGAUGAGGGAUGGGUUGAUGCCUACUGAGUUUGCUUUUGGUAGUGUUAUGAAGGCGUGUGCGGAUGUUGAAGCCUAUGGAUUUGGUUCCGGUGUUCAUUGUCUUUCUUGGAAAAUUGGGAUGGAGCAGAAUGUCUUUGUUGGUGGUUCAACUUUGAGCAUGUAUGCAAGGCUUGGGGAUAUUACUUCAGCUGAGUUGGUUUUUGAAUGGAUGGAGAAAGUAGAUGUUGGUUGUUGGAAUGCCAUGAUUGGAGGCUAUACUCACUGUGGUCUUGGCUUGGAAGCCCUGAAUGCUGUAUCUUUGUUAAACAGCGAGGGUAUAAAGAUGGACAACUUCACCAUUGUUAGUGCUGUCAAAGCAUGCUCGUUAAUUCAGGAUUUAGAUUCUGGAAAAGAGCUUCAUGGGUUCAUCCUUCGGCGAGGAUUAAUAUCCACUGCAGCAAUGAAUGGUCUCAUGGAUAUGUACUUAAUAAGUGACAGGAAGAACUCUGUUCUAAAAAUCUUUAACAGUAUGCAAACCAGAGACAUUAUAUCAUGGAACACAGUAUUUGGAGGCUCCUCCAAUGAAAAAGAAAUUGUGGACUUGUUUGGCAAGUUCGUGAUAGAAGGCAUGAAGCCUAACCAUAUCACUUUCUCAGUGCUAUUUCGGCAAUGUGGAGUACUACUUGAUUCCAGACUUGGGUUUCAGUUCUUUUCUCUUGCAGUACAUUUAGGUUUUCUUGAUGAAACUAGGGUGUUGAGCUCAAUUAUUAGUAUGUUUUCUCAAUUCGGGUUAAUGGAGAUGGUACACUCAGUAUUUGACUCUCUAGUUUUCAAACCUGUAUCUGCUUGGAAUCAGUUUAUUUUGGCAUAUAGUUUGAAUUCUUUUGAAAUGGAAGCCUUCAGAACCUUUUCCAGUUUAUUGAGAUAUGGUGUUGUAGCAAAUGAGUAUACUUUUUCCAUCAUUAUAGAGACUGCCUGCAAAUUUGAGAACCCAUGGAUGUGCAGACAACUUCAUUGUGCUUCAAUGAAGGCUGGUUUUGGUUCUCACAAGUAUGUGUCCUGUUCAUUGAUAAAAUGCUAUAUCUUAAUAGGAUCUCUUGAAAGUUCCUUUGAGAUCUUUAAUCAACUUGAGAUCGUAGACAUGGCAACCUAUGGAGCUGUGAUAUCUACCUUGGUUCACCAAAAUUAUAUGUAUGAAGCCAUUAUGUUUCUGAAUUUUCUAAUGGAAUCUGGCAAGAAGCCAGACGAAUUUACCUUCGGCAGCAUAUUGAAUGGCUGCUCUAGCAGGGCGGCUUAUCACCAAACAAAAGCAAUCCAUUCACUUGUAGAAAAGAUGGGAUUUGGCUUCCAUGUGCAUGUUGCUAGUGCAAUUAUAGAUGCAUAUGCAAAAUGUGGCGAUAUAGGAAGUGCACAAGGAGCAUUCGAACAGUCAUGUCAGUCCAAUGACGUUAUUGUAUAUAAUUCUAUGAUGAUGGCGUAUGCUCAUCAUGGUCUUGCUUGGGAAGCGAUCCAAACUUUUGAGAAAAUGAGGAUAGCUAAAGUACAGCCUAGUCAAGCCUCAUUUGUCUCAGUUAUAUCAGCCUGUCGUCACAUGGGUCUUGUAGAACAAGGUCGUUCUCUGUUUCAAACAAUGAAGUCGGAUUAUAAUAUGACACCAUCUCGUGACAAUUACGGUUGCUUAGUCGAUAUGCUGUCAAGGAAUGGAUUCCUUUAUGACGCUCGAUAUAUAAUUGAGUCAAUGCCAUUUUCACCUUGGCCUGCCAUAUUGAGAUCUUUGCUCAGUGGAUGUAGGAUCUAUGGAAAUGUAGAAUUGGGGCAAUGGACUGCUGAAAAAUUACUUUCACUGGCUCCACAAAAUGAUGCAACCCAUGUAUUAUUAUCAAAGGUUUAUUCUGAAGGGAAUAGUUGGGAAGAUGCUGCAAAUAUAAGAAAGGAGAUGACGGAUAGAGGGGUUCUGAAAGACCCAGGAUAUAGCAGGGUUGAGAUAUAAGAAAAAGGAAAUAGAAUCAGAUGCAUUGAUUUCCCUAACUAUGAUUCUGGGAGAUUUUGAAACUUAUUGUUUCAAAGCAGCUUGCAAAAUUCUCAUGUGAAACCUCGACAUGCUUUUCACUUGUCUUCUAUGAAGCUCCGCGGCAAUCGAGGCAAAAAUCUCUUUCCAAGAGUUGCCAUGGUCUACACCUAUCACCAAAGUUUUUAAGUGUUAAAUACAGAUAAGAGACAAUCCAGCCUGGACACAAGCAUCGAACAUCAGAUAUUGGUUUGGCUUGCGUAGAAGGAUGCAACGUCUCUUGUUGAUGCUGAUAGACAAAUGGAGACGUGAAUGAAACAUCAUGCAAUCUCAUUUGGACAUAAUAGUAUAGAAAGAAAAAUAGCAUUUUAAAAGGACAAAAAAGGCAUAAACAGAUUCCCAUAAAAACUAAAAAGUGGUCGUGGAUAUCAAUUGUAUUGUCAAACUCAGGUUUUGGAAGUUAAAGAGGUAGAAUUGAGCAUUAAGGAGAAAAUUGGGCGAUAACGAACCAAUUCGAAGUCCUAACAAAGAAAUUAGGCCAAAAGGCUAAAAAACUACAAAACUGCAACUAAAAGGGAUGCAAAAUUUGUGUUUUUGUGAUGGCAUUGCGACGCUGUCUUGCACCGUUGGGUGGAUAUAAAUUUGUAUAUUUGUUUUUAGGUCCUAUUUUUUAUCUAGGUGGGUAUUUUGGGCACAUGACCACUCAUUUUAUUCGUUUUUUGUCCUCAAUCAAUCUACAACAUUAGGUUUACUUUUAUCUAUUCUUUGUGAUCAAGCCCCAAAACAAUGUGCGUCUAUCUUUUCCACUAUUAUGGAAAGGUAAGAUUUUCGUUCUUUCUAGUAAUGUUGAGGAUUUUAGAAGAACUCAUUGCGUAUUUUUUAGGAGUAUUUUGAUAAUAUGAUUGAGAUUUCUUGUUUAUU